AUGAGUGCAUUCCUCUUCCAAUGCCUGCCCGUGUUCGUCUCGAUUACUUGGGUGGUGUUGGGCGGAUCGUUGUGUGCGAAGAAAGGUAUCCCAAAGAGUGCCCGCUCUUCAUCAUCAUCCAAAAAGACCGCAUCCUCGCAGUCGAUCAAGACGCCGGGGAGUACGAGCGGUCGUCAAGCCGUUCCACGGGCUGUCAGCCCGGAUCGGCGCCUAGUCCAGCAGAACAAGAACGAUGAGAAACACGCGACGAGGGGAUCUCGCGAAUUGGCGCCGGCGAAGGUGGGCUCAAAGGAGACGAGCCAGCAGAAGAACACUCACCCAACAGCCAUCCCUAUCGAGGCACAGAAGAAGACAUCCGUCAUCGAGAAGGCACCCGAAGUGGUCGUGAUCCCGAAAAAGGGGCCGAAAAAGCAGGACUCGAUCAAGGAAAAGACGGCCCCGCCUCCGAAGUCGAUCAUCGAGGCGAGGACGGCCAAGCCGAUCGAGAUACAAAAGCAGGAGAAGCCUCAGCCAAAGCCGCAGCCAAAACAACCAGCCAAGCAACAACCACCAGACGUCAAGAAUCUGAACUUGCCGAGGAACAAGAUGCAAGCGAUCAUCGACGGAAUGAAGCACGAUGAAGAGGCCUAUCCGACAAUGUCUGAUGUGAUGAGUGAUUGGCAGGAGAAGGAAGGGAAGCCGGGUGAUAAGCAGCCGGCGAAGCGGCCCGAACCAGCCGUCGACAAGGUUGUCAAGAAUACGGAGAAGGAGAAAGAAAUCCAAGCCGGCACCCGUCACGACCAGGCUGCCUACCCGACGAUGGAUGAUGUGAGAUCGGAUUGGAAUGAAGCCCCCGCUGCCGAUACCUCGACGGCCCCGCCACCCAACAAAGACGAAAAGAACAAAGAUGAAAGCGCUAGCACCAAAAAUGACCCGGAUACGGUGAAGGAUUCGUUGUGCCUGAAUCGUGAAGACGUCCUCAAGCAGGUUCUCAAGGAAAAGGAGGAGGCCGGGCUGAACGAACAUCCCAGUGGGAUCAGCAAUCUCGACAUGUCGGCCGUC